AUGAGUGAAAGGUACGCCACGAUUGCUGGCCAACUGGCCAAAUGGGACCAGGGCCAUCUGCUGACGUUCUGGGAAGAACUGACGGAGGUGCAACGGACCGGAUUGCUAGAUUCGUUGUCCGAUAGCGUCGAUUGUGCCUCGCUGGAUGAAGCAUUCCGUCGUGCCAUGGCAACCGCCACGUCGACGAAGGAAGAUUUAAACGAAUUGCUAAAACCGCUCGCCCGAGAACGGUACCUAUCGGUGGCUGAGGCUACUGAGAUCGAACUGGAAGACCUAAGACAGGCGGGACUGGAACAGAUCCGGCUGGGAAAGGUGGGCGUGAUACUGUUGGCCGGUGGGCAAGGCACUCGCCUCGGUUCGACCGCCCCGAAAGGCACGUACAAUGUGAACCUCCCGUCGGGAAAACCGCUCUUCCAGCUGCAAGCGGAACGCAUCCGGAAGCUGCAACAGUUGGCCGGAGGCGAGGGUCGCAUCAAUUGGUACAUCAUGACCAGCGAGCAUACGCACACGGAAACACUGGACUACUUCAAGGAGAACCACUACUUUGGUCUCCCGGCCGAGCAGGUUCGACUGUUCCGGCAGCGCAGUGUUCCGUGCGUUGACUUCCAAGGUCGAAUACUGCUGGACGAAAAAUGGAAAGUGGCCACCGCGCCCGACGGUAACGGCGGCAUUUACCGCGCCCUCAAGGACGAAGGCAUUCUGGACGAGUUGGAGCGGGCGGGCGUACAGUACCUGCAUGCCCACAGCGUGGACAACAUUCUAAUCAAGGUGGCGGAUCCGGUUUUCAUCGGGUACUGUGUCCGCAAGGGGGCCGACUGUGGCGUGAAGGUAAUCGAAAAGGUACAGCCGGAUGAAGCGGUCGGUGUGGUGUGUGAGGUAAAGGGAAAGUACCAGGUGGUCGAGUACAGUGAGCUUUCGACCGAAACGGCCAACCGACGCAAUCCGACCGAUGGGAAGCUAACGUUCAAUGCGGGCAACAUUUGCAAUCACUUCUUCACCACACACUUUCUACGCCGGAUUGCCGACACGACAAUGCCACUGCACGUGGCCAAGAAGAAGAUACCGUACGUUGAUCCGGCUAGCGGUGAACGGCUUAAGCCUAGCGCCCCGAACGGCAUCAAGAUGGAAAAGUUUAUCUUUGACGUAUUUCCGCUGGCGGAAGCGUUCGUGGCGUUGGAGGGCCGACGGGAGGAAGAGUUCAGCGCUCUGAAGAAUGCGGACACGGCUGGCAUCGACUGUCCGUCCAGUGUGCGGGGCGACAUCUACCGACUGCACCGGAAAUGGCUUAUCAAUGCGGGCGCAACCGAAGUGCUUGAUGCAGCCGACGCAUCGUUUGAUUGCGAAAUUUCGCCGCUCUUAUCGUACGCUGGUGAAGGUCUAGAGGCGGCCGCCAGCGGUCAAAGCUUCCGCUGUCCGGUGCAUCUGACCGGUGCCGAUGAGCGGCAAGCGCACUAA